GUGGCAGACAUAUAUUCCAGCAACAUGGAGAAGAAGGCGCCUUCCGACUUCUUGAAGAGUGUCCUCGGUCGGCCCGUGGAUGUCAAGCUCAACAACGGCGUCGAGUACAAAGGCGUGCUGGCAUGCUUGGACGGGUUCAUGAACAUCGCGAUGGAACAGACUCAAGAGUAUGUCAAUGGCCAGCUCAAAGCACAGUACGGCGAUUGCUUCAUUCGAGGCAACAAUGUGCUGUAUAUUUCCGCGUCCAAGUAGGCAUGCUCGUCACGGCGGUGUCUGUCGAUGUGGCCUCGACGAACAACAUAAGAUACACAAACCAUUAAGUAAUCACGACCACUGCACAUUCCUUCGUUGCUCGUCGU